UCGUUUACAAUCACUUCCUGGUUACGAGGACAGGGAGGGAAAAAAAACACGCCUCGCAUUACAUGUAAUACUUCGGGCGGAGUUGCUAUAAAUCCGUGGCUCAAUAUAUACUUUUUGUGUUUUUCCACUAUUAUUCAGCUAAACUGACUGAUGAAUGACACGACAAUACAAAUGAUCACAUAACCAGGGGCGACGCCGUGGUGAAAUUACAAACGCGCCACGUCACUGCUAGGCGAAGGAGUUGCAGAACCCCGGAAUUUAGACGAACCCCGGCGUUGAACCAGUGAUUAGACGGUGACAUUGCAACUUUUAAGCAACCCCCCCGUGUUGUUUUACAUUUACCUACCCAGGGAAAAGAGUCGUUCGGCUGUCCAAAAUGACGGCGUCCAACUGGGGUCUCAUCAUGAACGUGGUGAACAGCAUUGUCGGCGUCAGCGUGCUCACCAUGCCCUUCUGCUUCAAACAGUGUGGGAUUGUACUGGGAACUCUCCUUUUGUUCCUUUGCUCCUGGAUGACCCACAAGUCGUGCAUGUUCCUGGUUCACACCGCCAGCAACACCAAAAGAAGGACCUACGCUGGGUUGGCCUUCCACGCUUAUGGCAAACCAGGAAAAACACUGGUGGAAACCAGUAUGAUCGGUUUGAUGUUGGGCACUUGUAUUGCCUUCUAUGUGGUCAUUGCCGAUUUGGGAUCAAAUUUCUUUGCUCAACUGUUGGGUUUACAGGUGACGGGCAGUUUUCGCAUUCUACUGCUGAUCGCAGUGUCUCUCUUCAUCGUGCUCCCUCUGAGUCUACAGAGGAAUAUGAUGUCCUCCAUUCAGUCCUUCUCGGCCAUGGCACUCAUGUUCUACACCCUCUUCAUGUUCACGAUGGUGCUGUCCUCAUUCAGACAUGGGCUGCUCAGUGGCUGGUGGCUAGGGCAGGUCAAUGUGGUGCGCUGGGAGGGGGUGUUUCGCUGUCUCCCCAUCUGUGGGAUGGCCUUCGCCUGUCAGUCGCAGGUGCUGCCGACCUACGACAGCCUGGACGAGCCAUCUGUCAAACGCAUGAGCACCAUCUUCACUUCGGCACUCAACGUCGUCACCGUCUUCUACAUCACUGUGGGCUUCUUCGGCUAUGUCAGUUUCACAGAGAACAUUGCGGGCAACGUGUUGAUGAACUUCCCUUCCAACUUGGUGACAGAGAUGAUCCGAGUGGGCUUCAUGAUGUCUGUGGCCGUCGGAUUCCCGAUGAUGAUCUUGCCUUGUCGCCAGGCCAUCAACACCAUGCUCUUUGAACAGCAGCAGAAAGACGGGACGUUUGCUGCCGGUGGAUACAUGCCGCCUCUACGUUUCAAGAUGAUCACCCUCAGCAUCGUGUUUGGCACUAUGUUGGGAGGCAUUCUCAUCCCCAAUGUGGAAACCAUUUUGGGUCUCACUGGAGCCACCAUGGGCAGCCUCAUCUGCUUCAUUUGCCCCGCUCUCAUCUACAGGAAGAUCCAGAAGAACGGCGUCAUAGCUCAGCUGGUGCUUUGUGUAGGUCUGGGCAUUCUUCUCAUCAGUACCUUCACCACCCUGUCCAUCUCAGCCCAGAACCCCAGCACCAAAGUCCAAGCUCCUCCUCCUCCAGCACCUGACAAGAGCAAUCUCCAAGUACCAGAUAUCAUGGAGCUGCACGAUAAUGCUCCAAAUAAGCCAGCAGAGAUAGACCACCCUGACCUCCAAGCAGUGGACUUGAUGCAACCUGACAAGAGGGAGCAAGAGGAAGCCCUCCAGAUUAAAGGACCAGUGGAACUGCCUGAGAGCAAGAAGGAGGAAGAGGUGCAGUUGGACCGCCCUGAUGCUGGCGUAGCUGUGCCAGAGGGAGAGGCCCACCGCCACGAACCACCGAUCCCUCAUGAUGAGGUCCAGAUAGACACGAGAAAGAACAAUGCAGAGCUGGAGGAGGAAAAGCAAAAGGCAGACGUGAAGGAGAACAGAGAAGAUGUAGUGCAAGGUGCAGGUCCUCCCAUUGAUAUAGGAGGCAAAAAAGAGGAGAAUGAUCAAGACAAGCAGAAGCCUGUCAUUGUGGUUGUGAAGAAAGAGGAAGUGGACCUCGGUGGAGGUGAAGCGCAGUCCAAUGAAGUGCUUGAGAAGGUGGCUGAAGAAGCAGGGAAGAAUCUGCAUGCUCUCCCUUUAAAAGAUGUGGAGAAGCUCGAUGCUGUGAAAGACCCCCUUGCACCACUCGCCAAUCAGGCUGCAGGGGAGCAAGCAGAGAAAGCGGACAAAGCUGCUGGGAAACUGCCUCCUGCUGGUGAAGAAGCUGCAGCUGCAGACAGCAAAGAUGCAGCAGAUGAGAAGAUGGAGGUGAUAAAAAAGCUGGUCGCAGAGGGCCAGCUGGAUCAUGCAGUCCUGCUUCAGGUCAUCAAGGAGCAGCAGGAGCAGCAGAAGAGACUUCUUGACCAGCAGGAGAAGCUUCUUGCGGUCAUAGAAGAGCAGCACAAGGAAAUACACCAAAAACAGCCAGGUGGCGAGCCGGAGAAAGGCCUCCAGGAACACGACGAGGAGGCAGAAGGAGGAGCGGCAAAGCCUAGAGAGUCCGUCCUGGCCGCAGAUGUGAAGCAGCCCAAGAAUGCAGCAGGAGUCGGCGUUCCACAAGCUGCUGGUGCUGACCCUCAUGCUGUGGUCCAGAAUCAAGCUCGGGUUGAGGACAAGGGAGCGGAGGUAGCCAAAUUAGCUGAAGCAGCAGCUGACAAAGACAACAACAUUGUUGCCCCAAAAGCAGAAGCCCAUCAGCAGAGUGAUCUGGGGGCGAGAGGAGUACCCUUAAUGAGGAAAGUACCUGAGGUUCAUCAGCCUGUAGCUCAAAACGUACAGCUUAAAGAUGAGGAACACGAGCUGGAUGAUGAAAAGGAGAACAUGAACAAAAGAGAGCGUGACAGACUAGAACAGGAACAGCUUGAUCGGGAGAUGAAGGAAAAGGUGGCCAGAGAACGGGAAUCGGAGAAGAAAGCAGGAAGAGACCAGUUGGAAAAAGAACAGCUGGAGAGAGAGGCACAGGAAGAACUGGCCAGAGAGCAGGAGAGACUUGAGAAAGAAAAGAUCGAGAAAGAGGUACAGGCUCGGGUGGAAAAGGAGCGACAGGAGAGGGAGAAGCGAGAGAAGCUGGAGCGAGAGAAGGCACUAAAAGAGAAAUUAGCACAGGAGAAGGCCGCCGAGGAGAGACGCCAGCAGGAGAUGGAGAAAGCAGACAAUGAAAUCGUUGAGAGAAAAGAAAAGGAGGCGCAGGAGAGGUUAGCCCAGCUGGAGCAAGACCUGGAAGCCCAAAACGCCGCACAGGGGGCUCGGAGAGAAGACGGCGAAGCUUUGAAGAAAGGAGGACGAGACCUCAAAGAGAAAGUUGCUGCUCUGGCGGACCCCGGAGAGGGUGAGGAAGACGGGGCCAUCAAAGCCCAGGCUCACCCUCAGGGCUCCCACGAGAUGGCGAGGGACGAGGGAGAGGUGGAUCUAAAGAGAAGGCGCAGGGCUGUGGGGGCUCUGGAGAGGCCCGCGGUGCCCAGGGCUGUGCAUGGGCUGGAGCCCCUGCUGGAGCUCGGGGGCCACGACCUGCAUGUAGCGCUUGAGGAGAAGCUACUAGCUGGGGCCAUGGUGCACUCACGGCAGAUUAAGCAGACCUCAGAGGAUAAGGAGAUGAAAUAACUCUUUUACUCUCCUACCUGCACAGACUCCAAAUAAAUAGACAAUUGUUACAAAGAUUUUUUUUUCCUGUUAAGCUUUGAAAAAAACCCAAAGUCCUUAUAAAAGAACACCUUGUACAUAUUAACUUAUUUUUGUCACACAUCUGAGAAGUGAAGAUUAUCAAUUAUUAGGUGGUUAAAAUGUACAUACAUACAUACAUAUAUUUAUAUAAAAUACAUUGUAUUGAGAAAUUGUGAGUCACUGUUGACCUUAUGUUUAUUUCUUUCCAUUUCCUUUCUGCAUUUUCUCAUCUGUUCAAUUGUGUAAAUACUGUAAAUGUGUAAUAAUGUUCCUUAAAUUGUGAUUUUUUUUUUAAUCACAACCAUAAUGAGGUUUCUUAGCCCACAACUGAAGAAAUCCCUAUAGCACCUUUAUCCCCAUAUGAUCUCUGUACAGCAGUUUAGUUGUUUCCCGCUGUAGAAAUACAGUCAUAUUUUGGUAAAUACACAUCAUUGUCUUUGUACAGAUGUAUUUUCUGACUGUUUUUUUUCUAUUGAGAUUGUUUUUAUAUGUAAUUUGAUGAUAAUAAAGGCUACAAUUACCGGUAAAUGGUACAAAGCAGU